GACUCGUCUCAUUCGGGGAUCGGAGCGCGCGCUGGGUGAGACCUUACGAUGUAACAGUGGCGACGAAGGCGAAAAAAACCCUCGGAAUCAAGAACGAGCCAGACAACGGAGACCAAGCAGCGGCUGCGGAAAGAACUGUUCCAAUGGCGCAUCAACAGCUACCGGAUUAUGACGACGAAAGGGACAACUGGAAAGCAUACAUCAUCAAAGCAGAGGCUUACUUCGAAGCGACGUGUAUCAGCGACCAGGCCAAGAAGAGGGCAUUGCUUAUCGCGGCGCUGAACACAACAACCGUGCAAGUGCUCGCAGGAAGGGUGGCGCCAAGGAAGCCCAACGCGCUCACCUAUGACGAAGUAGUCAAAACACUGGAUGAUUACUUCGACCCAAAGCGCCACGAAACUACGGAAAGUUUCCGGUUUUUCAACCGCUCUCAAAAGGAAGGUGAGCCUCCGGACACCCAUUCGGGAACGACCACGUCUGCCGUAGAGGACAUCCUUGCCGAGUUUGAAGACGUGUUCCAGCCAGAACUCGGAGUGAUUGAUGGGCCCCCGGCGCGCCUACUGCUAAAGGAGGGAGCCACACCAAAAUUUUACCACCAGCCGCUCCUGGGCCUCCUGAAGUCUGACAGGCCUACACCACCACUGGCUGCUGCUCGUAUCCAGCGGUGGGCGCUGUAUCUCGGAGGAUUCCGCUACAGGCUACAAUACUGUCCUGGAUCCACAAAAACGGAUGAGUGGACGGUGCCAGCGGACGUCGCCGUUCAUGUCCGUAAUUACGGGCAGGGAGAUACGUGGACUCCGAGAAGAACCGCAUCCGUAUCCGGCGCUCGAAUGGUCACCAUUGAUACACCUAAGGGACCCGUACGGCGGCACGUUGAUCAGGUGCGCUCGGCCCAGUCAAGCCCGGUGCAGUGUGAACCUGUUCCCGAAAACAAGGAAGAGACAGAACCAUCCACGAAGCAGGCGUCCCUACAGGGUCGCAAUAUAAAUAAUGACGAGCAGUGGGAGGCCUUACUGCUAAGCUCGUAUCCGGAAGAGCAACUCUGGGCCGUCCAACUGGCCGAGAACGCCGCCAGGACCCAAGGGCUACUGGCCGCGGUUUAG